AUGUUUUUCAUAUUUUAUGUAUUCUUUCUAGUAGUAAAAUCUUAAGAUGAAUUGGCAGAAGGUGAAGAAAUGGAAUCUGAUUGCGAUAUGGAAUUUGAUAUGCCAUUUUGUAGUGGAAAUGGUACACUCUGAACUAAUACUUAGGUACUCCAAUGUAAGAGAACUCCUUUUUAAAUACAUUAAAAAUAUUACUUUCAUUUAAUGAUAUGAAAGUAGUAAAUAAGAUAGAUCAAUCAGAAUAUGAAGUUGAAGAACUAGAAAGAGGACCUACAUUAUAUGAUGAUGGUUAUUCUGGAGUGUUUAAGGGAAGUCAAAUUUUAGAAAUGCCAUAAAACGAAUAAACUCCAUAUUUUACCUACAGUAUGUGGUUGUUUUUUCCAAGAACCAGUGGAGCAGAGAGACCAAGAUCUGUUUGUCCUAUAUUUUAAAAAGGUAAUGAGGAGACUCAUUAUCCAAGUUUAUACUAUGAUCAAAAACAUAAAUAAUUCAUUGUCUAUAUUGAUUAAACAGUAACAUCAGAAAAUACUGGAUUAGUUUCAGUUAGUAGACCUUUGGCUAAUUAAUGGAUUUAUGUUUCUUUAGUAAGUACAAGUAGUAAAUUGAAAUUAUAUAUUAAUGGAGUUUUGGAUAAUAUAAAAAUAUUUUAAGCAGCUCCUAAACCUAAUGAUUAUGCUUUAUAUGUAGGUAAUACACCUUGGUUUAAGGAUUAUUGUAGUAUGAUGUUUUUAUUGGAUAAGUUUUAAUAUUAUACUGAAGAGAUAAAGGCUUAUUUUAUAUAGGCUUAAGCAUAAUUUUAAUUAGAAAGUGCUAGUAUUCAUUUUGGAUGCAUAAGUUGUAAUAUAGAAGAAGCAUCAGGUGCAUGUAUAAGUGGAUAUCAUUUAUGCACUAAGAUAGAAUUUUAUAGUGGAGUUUAUAAUGUAGCUAGAUAAUUAGGGUGGAUGGAUUAUGGUGAUUUUGUAUGGACAUAUUAGGAUGCAAUUAGGAAGAAUGAUAAGAAGAAAGGAUUGGCUGUUUGUUGUAUUGAUUCAUUCUGA